AUGCAAAUCACUGAGAUUGUGCAGACAGAAUAUAUGGCCAUUCUGCAAAAUCUGAUUUUGAAAUCUGCUGUGACCAUAUUAAGGAUAUGUGACAUGUGCUGUGACAUUUUAACAAUUAUCUGUGACUGUGCAGAGAAGGUAGUUGGAUGGGCUUUAUGGCAUCAUUUAACGCCGAACCCUGAAACUGAUACAGAUGCCAAGUUUGUUUUAUCUACUGAGAGUAUCCAGUAUGGCAUAGGAAUACUACAAGCAAUCCAGAAUGAAUCCAAAAGUUUGAAGAAGUCUCUUAAGAUGAGGCGCCAAAAACUGAGUGGUGGGAGGAUCGUUAAAGCGGCGGAAACUCAGUGGAGUUGGGACUGGGAGAAAGAGAAGGGAGAGACAGAGGUGGUGAAGAAAGGAGGCGAAAUGGAGAUGGGAAGGAAGGAGAGUGAAUGGAAACGAGAAGGAAGGUGA